GCUGGUAAGUUUUUUUCCUUAUAAAUGUAUAGUAAUCACACAUUUCCUUACUAGGUUGUAUCCUUUUCUUGCACUCCAAAGCACCUUUCCUUCACCCACACACCAUCCCCAAUAUAUACAUAAUCAGAAACCAACCACAAACUCCACGGGAAAAGUCACCAUGCCUUCAGUUUCCGGCCGAGUUGUGUGUGUAACCGGUGCCGGCGGAUUCAUUGCCUCAUGGAUGGUAAAACUCCUGCUGGAGAAAGGCUAUACGGUUAGAGGAACCGUCAGAAAUCCAGAUGAUCCAAAGAACUCUCAUUUGAGAGAGCUUGAAGGAGCAAAGGAGAGAUUGACUCUAUGUAAAGCUGAUCUUCUUGAUUAUGAGAGUUUAAAAGAAGCCAUCAAUGGGUGUGAUGGAGUUUUCCACACGGCAUCACCUGUGACCGAUGAUCCCGAACAAAUGGUGGAGCCCGCGGUGAUCGGAACAAAGAAUGUGAUUGUUGCGGCGGCUGAGGCCAAUGUAAGGAGGGUGGUGUUCACCUCAUCCAUCGGGGCUGUUUACAUGGACCCCAAUAGGCACCCUGAUCAAGUUGUCGAUGAGACUUGCUGGAGUGACCUUGAAUUCUGCAAGAACACUAAGAACUGGUAUUGCUAUGGGAAGGCGGUGGCAGAGCGGGCGGCGUGGGACGUGGCAAAGGAGAAAGGGGUGGACCUAGUGGCGGUAAACCCGGUGUUGGUGCUUGGACCAUUGUUGCAACCAACAAUCAAUGCCAGCAUUGUUCACAUCCUCAAGUACCUGACUGGCUCGGCCAAGACUUAUGCCAACUCUGUCCAGGCCUAUGUCCAUGUUAGGGAUGUGGCAUUGGCACACAUCUUAGUGUACGAGACUCCUGCAGCUUCUGGACGGUACCUUUGUGCCCAGAGUGUGCUUCACCGUGGCGAGGUGGUCGAGAUAUUGACCAAAUUCUUCCCGGAGUAUCCUAUCCCCACCAAGUGCUCGGAUGAAACGAAGCCAAGAGCAAAAGCUUACAAAUUCUCGAACCAAAAACUGAAGGAUUUGGGGUUGGAGUUCACCUCUGUGAAGCAGUGCUUAUAUGACACUGUCAAGAGCCUGCAGGAGAAGGGUCACCUCCCACUCCCUACCCAAAAUGACGAAUCCAUUCGUAUCCAGACUUAGUUUCUCAUCUUAUCUUUAGCUGCCAUUGAGGAGUGGCUCCACCCACCCACAAAACCUAAAAACAAACACACACAAGAAGAACCUAUGCGAGUAGUGUAUAAUAGAAAAUCUUCAUCCUUUGAACCAUUAAAACCGUGAUUAUGUUAUGUAUUUUGAGGUUCGGUAAAUGUAUAUGUUGAUUGUGAUUGAUCAUGUACCGAUUGUUAUGUAGACUUAUUGGUAUUGUUUUCUGGUGAAAUGUGAUGGGAGUCUCAAUUCGUCG